UCGUCACAUCACAUGCGUAUCUACCAACUAGCCCUGUCAAUGUGGUAGCGAGGAUACUUGGAUAGGGCACAUCUUCCAUUUAGCAUAUAAACAUGUUUCCUCCGCCUGUGAAAUCGAUCAACUUACCUUCACCAGCACCGCGAUCUUGUGCGAAAAAGCAUUGAGCUUCAUAUUCAACACGCUGCCGAGACUUUGACGCAAGAAAAUGCUUCGCGCAACAAUCCUCUUACCGGCGCUGCUCACCACAUUAGCAGCAGCAGCCCCAUCGUGGCUCGCGCAACGAGCAGACUCUUGCGCCGGCGAUAAGUCCGUCGCGGGGUACUGCACACCGAUAUCAUACACAGACGUAACCACAUCCUCCUCUUCCUCAGCGCCAUCCUCAUCAGACUGCCAACAGACAUGCCAAAGCAUCCUCACAGAUGCAGGUGACUGGGGUGUCGACUUCACGGGCCAACCGGCCGGUUAUCGCGACGAGAUGUACCUAGGAAAAUGUGGUUUCGGCAUCGCGCGUGAAACAGAUAGCGAUACGUCGCAAUUCUCGUUCUCGGUGAAUAAUCAGGAUAUUGUGGAUGUUGUUGGUGAAUCCAUCAACCGGUUUGCCGGCCAGCAUGGUGGGAAGGUGAAGGCCGAGGGUACGAUGAAUUGUUCGGGACAUGUUGUUAGGUGGUUUGUUGGUUGAGUGGAUUGAAGGGGGAAGACAAGUGGCAUCAAUUCAUUUGCGAUGAAACUGCUUUUAUGGAAGAGGCGUGGCCGCUAGGCCUGGUGGCGUUUUACGGGGUAUCAUUGGGGAUGCGGACGGCGGCCUCUGCGAUGCCUUUUUCGGGCACAUUUUACGAUUGGGAGGCCUGUCUCGUCCCUGAGAUGGAAUGCUACUGAAAUGCGAUUUGAAUUGAAUAAUAUGAAUAAUCUGUUGACUUCAAUAUGGGUGCUUUGGUGUGGAUGCUGCUAACGAACUACAUGUACCUAGGUAGAUCCUAUCUACACAUGAGCUUCUAACAACGUAAUUUAGUACCGCACUCGCUGGUUUUGGAAAUCGCGGGCAGACAAGGACUACUCAUAGAGCCACGUAUGGUUUACUCAACAGAUAGCUAGUCAUGACCUUGAGG